GAAAUGAUACAGAGGAAAAACCAGUUAACUUUUCUUGGAAUAAAAGAUGGGUAUUGCAUAAAAAUGCAACAUAUAGUAAUCAAAAUAAAGGAAAACAAAUGACAAAUACUGUAAAAAAAAUGCUUAAACAAAUGUUCUUAUUGGGAAACAUUUAUGCAAAAGAUCAGAUGAUGGCUAAAAAGAUGUAUAAUAGGUUGAAAGAGUUUGCUGACAAUAGUGAACUGGAAUAG